GGCACAUCGAGCUGGACUCCGGGCAGAGGCACAUCGAGCUGGACAUCGGAUCACCAGACGGAGCAGCAGGCACUGGGGCACCGGGCCACCAGGCAGAGCAGCAGGCACCGGGCCACCAGGCGGAGCAGCAGGCACCGGGCCCCCAGGAGGGGCGACAGGCAUCGGGCCCCCAGGAGGGGCGACAGGCAUCGGGCCCCCAGGCGGAGCGACAGGCAUCGGGCCCCCAGGCGGAGCGACAGGCAUCGGGCCCCCAGGCGCGGCGGCAGGCACCAGGCCACCAGGUGGGGCGACAGGCACCGGGCCCCCAGGAGGGGCGACAGGCAUCGGGCCCCCAGGAGGGGCGAC